AUGGGCAAUUCCUCCAGCCGUAUAACGGCCCAAGACCAAGCCAUCCUCGACCUCAAAAUCCAACGCGACAAACUCCACCAAUACCAACGCCGCAUCACCCACCUAACAGACCGCGAGACCCAAGCCGCCCGAGCGCUCCUCGCCCGCGGCGACAAGCCGCGCGCUCUCCUCGCGCUGCGACGCAAAAAGUACCAAGAGUCCCUCCUGGCCAAGACCGACGCGCAGCUCGAACAACUCGAGCGUCUGACCUCGUCGGUCGAGUUCGCGCUCAUCCAGAAGGAUGUCCUCUUCGGUCUGCAGCAGGGCACGGCCGUGCUGCGUGAGAUUCACGCCGAGAUGGGCGGGAUCGAGAACGUGGAGAAGUUGAUGGGUGAGACGGCGGAGGCUAUUGCGUACCAGCAGGAGGUCAGCGAGCUUAUCGGCGGGCGAAUAUCCGUCCAGGACGAGGAAGACGUCGAGGACGAGCUUGCCGCGCUGGAAUCUGAGGUUGCCAAGAAGCAGGACGUGCAACAACAACAACAACAGAGCUUGCCAAGCGUUCCCAAUACACAGUUGCCCGUACACAAAGUUGGUGAAGAAGCGGGGCCAGAACCAGCAACAGAGCGGAAGGCACAGAAAGAAAGACAGCCAAUGCUGGCUUGA